AUGGCACGCAAGGGUACAGCUAAAUUAUCAGAAUUACUUAACAUUGAAGCCAAGGUGCAGCAGCUAUGGGCUGAUGAGCAUCUUUUCGAGGUUGACGCUGCCAACGUAAACGGCAACCAGCAAGCGUAUUUCAUCACAUUUCCGUAUCCUUACAUGAAUGGACGUCUGCAUGUUGGCCACGCUUUCUCUAUUACAAAGGCGGAAUAUGCUGCCGGAUAUCAAUCUCUCAAAGGAAAAACCGUUCUUUGGCCAAUGGGUUUUCAUUGUACCGGUACCCCUAUUAAGGCCUCUGCUGAUAAAUUAGCCCGUGAAAUUGAACUCUAUGGUUGUCCACCUAAGUUUCCUGUGACUAGCAAAGAGGCUGCUGAGCAUGUUGACAUGCCUGAACAUGUAGAUAAGUCAAAGAGCAAGAAGAGCAAGGCAGUAGCUAAGACUGGAGGCGUAAAAUACCAGUGGAUGAUUAUGCAAUCAAUGGGAAUUCCGGAAUCGGAAAUUCCCAAAUUUGUUGAUCCUUAUUACUGGUUAACAUACUUUCCCGAUUGGUGCAUGCGCGAUCUCAAGCGAUUUGGCCUCAAAACCGAUUGGAGACGUUCCUUUAUUACCACGGAUGCGAACCCUUAUUACGAUUCAAUGGUCAGAUGGCAAUUUCUGCACUUGAAAAAACGUAAUAAGAUUGCAUAUGGCAAACGUUACACCAUUUUUUCGCCUAAGGACAAUCAGCCAUGUAUGGAUCACGAACGGGUUGUUGGUGAAGGUGUUUGCCCCAUGGAGUACACCAUUAUUAAGCUGGAAAUAGUAUCAAACCUCCCAGAGAAGAUACAAAAAGUUGCGAGGAAGAAUGAAAAGGUGUAUCUGUUGUCUGCAACUCUUCGACCAGAGACGAUGUACGGUCAAACAAACUGUUGGGUGCAUCCGACAAUCGAAUAUGUUGUUGUUCGUUCAAAACGCUUCGCCUCACUCUUUGUUCUUACCAACCGAGCCGCUCUCAAUAUGGCAUAUCAGGUGAUUUGCUUUUUCUCCACUCUUCCUUUUGUAUUAUAUUUAUUUCAAAUUGCAGGCAUUUUGAUAGUUAUCAUUAGCCCUUUAGUUGACUUCGGGCUUCACAGAGGGGAGGAACAUCAAAGUCGCGAAAAGUGGAGAGGAGGAACAUAA